AUGGCAUCAUCCUCGCGUUCGGCGGUAUCUGCCACUUCACGGCCAUCGGGAGCCGCCUCCCCAGCGCAUUCCACUGCGACUCCUCGACCGUCGAUAUCAAAUAUUGAACUGGCUCUGGCUCGGUUACGCAGUAUAAUGGAGCCCAUUGAUACAUGGGACAACGACGACACCGUCGACGUUCCCAUCCGAAUCGGUUUCGAAGACGAGGAAACAGGGCAGACAAGAACGGGAACAGCCUUUAUUCCUCGCGAUGCCGGCGAGCGCAACUUCGUACCGGUGGCUCCUCCGUCUCGCCAGUGGUCAGUGGUGUACCCCGACUGGGAUGAAACACCGCCCGACUGGGAGCAGGAUCGCUCGAGUCAUGUGUCCGACGUGCGAUUCGCUGGAUAUUUCAAUCCGCCCUUCGAAAACUCCGUCGCCAUCAGCGAAUUCGGCACUCGCUCUUUGGGGCUUGAUCCCUUCAGUGAUGAAGCCGGUCUCGCGCGCGAAGAAUAUAAUCGCAGGCGCACCGGAAUCGUUUUUCAGCCAGAGCUACGGGAUGUCGUGGAUAAUCAGGGCAUAAUACGCAGGGAUUCGUUUCAUGGGGUGAUCCCCUACAAUCCGCGCCAUCCCGUGGGCUUGGCAUUCAUGCACCGUGGCCCGCAGGUGUUGGACCUCCAUCCCUGUUUCGCACCGAUCUCCGGCAUGCCCAUCGUAGAGCGAUGGGAAGACAAUAGGAAAUUCUACUACGCGGACAACGACCGUCUGACGGAGUGGUGGUACAUCGCGGACGCACUUGUCAAGACCGAAAUGUCGCUGGCUGGCCAUCCUCAGGCCAGCAAAGCUCGCGUCGUCAGCGUGGACUAUGUUCCGCUCCCUCGGCCGACAGAAUUCAACCUGAAGAGGAGGUGGUGGUCUCGAGGAGCCGCCGAACGCGGUGUUCAGGAAGCCAUGCGCGCGUUUUGGCCAAUGAUAGCAGAAGUCACUUACUUGCUGGCGUUUCUCAAACGCACGCUCAGCGUCACGGACAUCAAACAUCAUCUGCUCCUGACUUCUGAGCUCACGGCGGUAUGGAUCGACCACCUGUUCACUUCAGAGGUUUUCGACGUGGCCGGUGUCCCACGCGCUGGAUCAUCCAUGAUCUGGGGGUCCACGGAGACGUACUCAACAACUCUGGCUGCCGUCUUGCGGGCCUGGAAUAUCCCUUUCCAGGUUAGGUGGCCCGCCGCCGCUCGUCCCGAGGUAUACAGAUCGCUGCGCGCUACUCUCGGGUACGAUGCGCCCACGCAGGAGGAUAUCGACCGGUUCGCAGCCACAAAGCGUGACUGUACAUUGUGGCUGCCUCGCGUGCGACCAGAGCUCCGCAUAGAGGAUGAGGGAGGUGUCUUUGGCAUCCGCUCCAUGGAACAGUUUUUCAGGGAGCGUGUCCGUGAAGAUCACCUGGUGGGGAUUACAUCCUCUUCUCUGGAUCAAGAAGAUGUGGACGUCGGGGGCACGGUUUUCACCGUGUUCCUAUGGAUGACAGAUGGCGAUUAUCUGGUUCGCCAUCGUAUCCUACCUGCAUAUGCGAUGACAGUUCUCCGGGCUUACAAGUGGCACCACUUGUCGAUCGAUUGCCAUCGUGCGGAAUGCGACGUUUACGGAGGGUGGGGCGCGUCGCGGAUGGUCUUGAACACCGGUCUCCCCCUGCGCCAGAACCUGCCGUCAUCAGAACGGCAGGACGACUUUGUUGAAGAAGGCCCCAUGGACUUCGGAGGUGUGCAGGAUCCUUCCGAGGCUCUCGACCGCGACAACAGGUUCGGCUUUGAUGUCACAGAUAUACAACGGCUCGAUUCUGCCCGCGAUGCGUUUUACGACCGAAUCACUGACGUGCAGUACGGGCCCUUCCGAGAUGUGCUGUCUCUGUCGAUGUCUCUCCACGGGCUUCUCGGUCGAUUGCAAGCACGAUAUGGCUGGCGCGCGGGACCUAUCCAUUAUUGGACGCAAAUCCAUUGGAAGAACGAGAAGGGCCUGGACAUGGUUCCCUAUGACGCGCCAGCGCUCCUUCGAAUUUAUGGCAGCGUUUCCGGUUCUGAUGAUGCUACCGGCCUGUUGCGGGUGUCGGAAGGUUUCGAUCAGGUUGCCGCUCUCCGUGACUUCACGCGCCACGUCGAGCUUCAUGCUUCGGUGGACGGAAUCCCCCGAGAUGUUCAAGAUUGGCCCUCGCAGGUUGAUCGCGGUGCACUGGGGGGAGUGCAGCUAACUCGACGCCAGCUGUCCUUCACUCGCGAGUUCGAGGACAGCGCCGGAGUCAGCCAGGGGAAGAGCCUCCCUCCGAACAAUUGCAUGGGCUAUCUAUUCAGCCUUUCGACUGCGAGGACAGGAGUCUCGUGCAUCGUCGUGGAUGAAGCACUCAAUGCGAUGCAAGCUGUCCGUUUCCUGAGGUGGGACGUACUUUCGCAAAAGCCGGACCCUCUGCAGUCGCUGGCAGAACACUUCCUCCACAACGGCGUCCACUUCUGGACGGCUGAACGCAGCUUCUCGGGAACCAUCAAGCGACGCGCGACGCGCUACAGUCUCCCGGUGCGCACUCACGCGUGGAUUGGCAAAGCCACAAAGAAAGACUUCGUGGCAUGGGAACAUACUGUCAGUCGGUUUUUGACGACACCGCGCGCUAGGGCGGCUGCGCUUACAGGAGGCGUCGUUUGGCGCAUCGCCGUGGAGUACGGUCCUCCUGAGCUGCUCCGAGAUGCUGCUCAAGGUCCGUCCCAAGACCGGUCGGGGUGGGGGGCGUUCGCGAAGGAUAGUCGCGCUGGACGCUUUUACGAUGAUAUACUGUCUCCGGAAGAGAUGCAGUUGUUAUGUGGGACGUACGUCGUCUUGGAAGCUCGCGGCAAAAGCUUCCAAGAAACGUUGUUAUCUUGGUUUCCCCGCGCAAACAAGUAUUGGCUGAACGGAGUGUGGACUCAAGCGGAUGAAGAUUGGUUCCGUGCCCACGUCGAGGCAUGCCGCGCGGGCCAGCGACAGCCCCUCAAAACCUCCGUUUGGCACACCAAGCUGGCGUCCCGUACCACCCGCGCCGCUCGCAUUUUCCGUCAGUUUGAGGCCCUGGCGCAGAGUUGCCUGCGGCAGUGGGCACCGGAAGAUCCUUCGGAGCACCGCGACGCGGAAAGACGUGAGAAACCCGAAGGUAGUUCGGCGAGUCGUAGAGCGAAUCGUCGUGGUGAGAGCGCCGAGACACGUAGCACAGGGCGGUCGCAGGAUCAGGGUGAACAUGGGACUCCAAUCUCUCCUGGAACUUCACGCGUCAAAGGGAAGGGGAGAGCAAAGUAG